CAUUUUAAAGAGCAUGCUAGGAACUGUAGGCUCCUUAAUCGUUAGCAGAAUACGCAUGCAGCCCCUUCUAGAUGGCAGCCAUUCAGCAUGUAAUAAGUCUUAUCAAAGAGCGUUCGCAGCAAAGCAGCUGGCUCAAGGACAGAAUGACUGCCUUUCUGUAGCCCCACCGUCCUCUGUUCACUCUGUUAUUGGAAAUCUGCAGGGUGAUCUGAUUGAUCUGUAAGUAAUAAUUACACUUAUCUUGUCUCUGCCCCUUCUUGAGAAUUAUACCCUCCAUAGUUAUUCCUUUCUCUUCUGGUAGAUUCGGAAGUGGGAUCAUCUUUGGAUUCCCUGUUGACUGUUCGCUGUGUGUCAGUGAGCCAGAGAUGACUUGGCCAGAUACAAGGAUUCUGAAGAUUUGCCCCCAAACUCACCACUUUCUUCUUUAAACGAUGCUGAAACCUAUCCUGAUCACUUUACAAAAGAUGCAGAAGGAAGUGAAAAUAGACUCUUCCAUCCAAAACUUCAGUCGCUUCUUAUGGAUGCUACAGGAUCCCCAAGAAAAGAGAAAGUGAAAUUGCCCUCAUCUAUACAGAGAAACAAGCCACGAUCAAUGCGAAGACAAAAGACUGUAGAUCUUGUUUCUGGCAAAGUUCACACAAGCUCUGCCACAGCACUUUCCCAGAAUAUGUCAGGAUUCCUUCUUAUCCCACCGAAAGUGACAUUUGGAGUUCUUAAGGAGGGCUGCACUUACGCAACCACAGUGACUUUGAAGAACGUUGGAGUGGACCUCUGCAGGUUUCGGGUGAAACAACCACCACCUUCUACAGGAUUGCGUGUGAGCUACACUCCAGGGCCUGUAGCUGCUGGACUGCAAACUAAACUGGAAAUAGAGAUUUUUGCCAUGGCUGUUGGAGUGGAAGGAGAUGAGGGCUUGGGCAAACUUUUCCAUCAGAUUGAAAUUCACACAGAAACUGAAAUACUGUUUUUUCCUGUGGAAGCAAAUAUCUUUCAGUCUUUUUUUUUUUUUUCCUUUUGUUCUACAUUGAAUUUAUACAGGACUUAUUUAUUUAUUUAUUAA